AGUGAGAAAAAAAAAAAAAAGAACGGGGCGGUAGCCGGUAAAAACCAACCUCCACGCGACUUUCUUUCUCCAUUUCCCUGAAUUCUGCUGAGUUCUGACGUCAUAUUCUACAAUCAAAACUCAAGAGCGAAGAAACCACACUCUCGCUCGCUCAACGCACUACCAUACUGAACACUGAAACAAGCUUCAAAAAUGGCGGAUGAAGCGCUCGAUAAUGACAACUCACAAGAUAUCGAAUCCAAAAUCAAGUCUGCCAUCCUCUCUCGUUCCUCUUACUUUCAGGACCCGAACCAAGCCAAUUCGUUGACGUUUGAGAAUGUGCGGAGGGUACUGGAGAAGGAUUUAGGGUUAGAAACUCACGAUUUGGAUACUCACAAACGAUUCAUUAAGCAGUGCGUUAAAACGUACAUAGAAUCCUCUACUGCUGGCAGCUUGUCCAAGAGCCAAUUUGAUGCUGAGGGAAAUGUUGUCUCUCCAACUAAAGAACAAUCUGUAGAUGAUAAGAAUGAAACAGAGGAGCCAAGCUCUGGUGGUACAGAAACAAUGGAAGACUCUCCUGUUAUGGGUUUAAUGACUGGACAAAAGAAAGAAAAAACCAACAAUGGAGCUCAAGACAGUGAAAGUAAACAUAUACCAAGUGAGACCACAAUAAAGAAGGCCAUUUGGACUCGAGCAUCUUAUCUCAUAGAGAAUUCCGAGAGCAUUACAAAUGCUGGACUGCGUCGGCUCUUGGAGGAAGACCUUGAAUUUGAAAAACAUACAUUGGAUCCUUUUAAGAAGUUCAUUAGUCAGCAAGUGGAGGAGGUAUUAAACUCACCUGAGGUUCCUCAAGCAACUGUGAGUGAGGAGAAGGAAAUUCUCGAGAACGAUUUUGGUCGAAAAGUGUCUUCCAAAGCAAGUAAUGAAGCACUUGUUUCUUCAGGGAAUGAGAGUGAUGAUGUUAAAGAAGAGGAAGUGAAAGUUACAAAAAAAAGUGCUCCAAAAAAGCGACAAAAAUCAGUGGCUGUCAAAAAACGUAAAAGAGCUGAAGCAAACAUUAAAGGAGCUAAAAGAAAGCAAAGUAAGACCCCAAAAUCCUCUGAAGGAAGUGAUGAGGAAAAGGGUGAUGUUUCUGAGGCUGAUAAUUCUGAUUCACCUGGUGAGAAACCCGUGAAGAAAGAGAUUCUUAAACCUUCAUAUGGAAAGCAAGUGGAGCGUCUAAAAUCAGUCAUCAAAUCUUGUGGCAUGAGUAUUUCCCCUGCUAUUUACAAAAAAGUUAAACAGGCGCCUGAAAACAAGCGUGAAGCCUGUUUAAUAAAGGAGCUUGAAGAGAUGCUUGCGAAGGAGGGAUUAUCCACUAAUCCUUCUGAAAAAGAAAUUAAGGAUGUAAAGAAAAGAAAAGAAAGAGCAAAAGAACUUGAGGGCAUAGAUCUGAGCAAUAUUGUUGCAAGUUCUCGUCGACGGUCCACUGCUAGCUUUAUUCCUCCACCGAAGCCAAAAAUACCAGAUUUGAGUGAAAGUGAGUCAGAAGACAGUGAGAACGAUGAUGAAGAGGAGGAAGAGGAAGUGGACGAGGAAGUAGAGAAUGAUGAAGAUCAAGGGAACGGUGGCAAUGAAAGUCAAAGUGAGGAUUCUGAUAAAGGUAUUAUCUUCCACUUGUCACUCUUUCAACCUAACCAACCACGUUACUCAUUCACGAAUUAUCGAAUAUAAUACAACUAGACGCGUCAAACAGUCGGGCAGGUGGGUUUCAGGUUGGGUUGUAAAUAUAUGUUUGAUCCUUAAUGCUUGUGUUUAGGUUGGCUUUUUGACGCUAUGACUCGUCUUUUUCUAGUUACGUAGAAUUACUAACAUACGGUGUGCUCUUCCAUGCUGCAGUUCUGAUUUUUUUUUCUUUUGCAGGUAAGAGUGAUAGUGAUUAAUUCUAAACAGGCUUCACCUGAAAAAUAAAGGGCUACCACUGAUGAAUUUGACAGUGAAAAGUUCUAUAAGUUGGAGAUGUACCUAUGUAAUUUUUUUAGUAUCCUUAGAUUUAUGAUGUUUAGGAAAGUGCGUGUAUUUACUAUUUAGGUCUUGGAUUUGGUUUAGAUCCUCAAUUAUGAUUUUACAAGUUGAUGACAAAUGACAAUUGACAAUAGGAAUGAACUUGCCAGAAAAAAAUGACUGGAAGGCCGGUGCAUUCUGCAAUUUAGAAUAGCUUCAAUUGUGGUGUGUAACUGAUAAAUCAAUUUUCAUUAAUGUUUUGCUUACAGAUUACACAUUUUAGAAUAUUGCAGUCGGACAAGAUGACACUCUGAGCUUCAUGUUAAAUUUUUUAAACGGUUUUUUUA